ACAGGAAUUCCCUUCGAAGGUGGGCUGCGCUGCCUGUGCUGGAAGAUACUUCUGAACUACCUCCCUUUAGAGAAAGCCUUAUGGAGCUCUUUGCUGAAGAAACAGAGAGAUCUGUAUUCCCAGUUCUUAAAGGAAAUGAUUAUCCAGCCUGGGAUCGCCAAAGCCAACCUGGGUGUUUCAAGGGAAGAUGUGACCUUAGAAGAUCAUCCCCUCAAUCCAAACCCAGACAGUCGAUGGAAUACUUACUUCAAGGAUAAUGAAGUGCUCCUCCAGAUAGACAAAGAUGUCAGGAGGCUCUACCCUGACAUGGCAUUCUUCCAGCGCCCAACGGACUACCCCUGCCUUUUAAUCCUGGACCCCCAAAAUGAGUUUGAGACGCUGCGCAAGCGGGUGGAGCAGACCACACUCAAGUCACAGACGGUGGCGCGAAACCGCAGCGGGGUUACAAAUGUGAGCUCCCCUCUUAAAACGACUUCUAAUUCUCUGAGCGAGUACGAAGUUCUGCCCAACGGCUGUGAAGCUCACUGGGAAGUGGUAGAGCGAAUCCUGUUCAUCUACGCCAAGCUGAACCCCGGCAUAGCGUACGUUCAGGGGAUGAAUGAAAUCGUGGGGCCUCUUUACUACACCUUUGCUACGGAUCCUAACAGCGAGUGGAAAGAACAUGCUGAAGCAGACACAUUUUUCUGCUUCACCAAUCUAAUGGCUGAAAUUCGGGACAACUUCAUCAAGAGCCUGGAUGAUUCUCAGUGUGGUAUUACCUACAAAAUGGAGAAGGUCUACUCCACCCUGAAGGAAAAAGAUGUGGAGCUGUAUUUGAAACUGCAAGAACAGAACGUCAAACCCCAGUUCUUUGCCUUCCGCUGGCUGACGCUGCUCUUGUCCCAAGAGUUCCUGCUGCCAGACGUCAUCCGUAUCUGGGACUCCCUCUUUGCUGAUGAUAAGCGCUUUGAUUUUCUUCUGCUCGUCUGUUGUGCCAUGUUGAUACUAAUCCGGGAUCAGUUGCUAGAAGGAGACUUCACUUUGAACAUGAGGCUGCUACAGGAUUAUCCUAUCUCUGAUGUUCACCUGAUUUUGAAGAAGGCAAAGGAACUUCAAGAUUCCAAAUAGUCCAUGAGCCUAACAAAAGGUGUCAGAGAAACUGUAUGGCAGCGGAUCCCAGGAGAUGCUCCUAUGCAGUGUGGUGCAUUAAAGCUCCUAGUGGUCUCUGCAGGACUUCAGGUUUUGUAUUUGGGCUACUAGCCACCUUGAAGACAUCCUUCUACUCUAUUUAUUAGCUCAAGGACUGAUUACUUUCCCAUCUACUUGGGUCGUGUACUCCAGAUUUUUUCAAAUCUCAAAUGCCUCUAUGCUGCCAAAAGCAGUUCUUUGUAUCGUUUUUAAUGACUUUAAGUUUGGGGAGAAAGAAACCAUCUGUCUGCAUAUCCCUGAAGGGAUGGACUCCUGUAUCAUGGAAGUAACACAUGGAGUAACUUCUGAUGGGGAAGAGACAGGCUGAGGCCAGUGGAUUUCGGUGGGUGAGUAUAGAAGGAUCUUCCUCCUGUGAAUAGAAUGUUUCCCAAUGAAGUCACGCAUCCUGCCAUUCAAGCAGCUUCUGGAUUUUUCUCCCUCCUGUCUGCACUUGGCCAUCCCUGGGGUGUGCAAAGAAGAAGAUUGCAUCAGUUUCUGGUGGUUGUCAUCUGAUAUCUGGCAGUUUGGACCCCUUUGCCUGGGAAAGAGACCUUGAGAAGCUGAGAUGGGAGGACGCGAUUACAGCUAGCAGCUUUGUGCACUGAAACUGCCUGAAUCCAGAAUCGCCUUAUCAGCAAGGUCUCCUUGAAAGCAAGACUGUGGUGGUUUAAAUCAAUGAGCGAAGUGAAGUUUGAAGUCAAGCCUUGUUAUGCACAGCCUUAGAGUAGGAGCUUGUUCCUGCAGGGAGCCUCAAGCUGCUUUCCUGGCUUUGAACUGGAGCAUAUCCAGCUACAGUCAGGAUUCUGAAAUACAAGAAAUGGGCAUCUAGUCGUGUGCAAUGAAGACAGCCGCAUUUAGGGGCUUAUACAGCCACGGCACUGGGGUUUUCUGCCUCAGUGGCUCUUGCAUAAUAUUACCCUGCAUAAGCUCUGGUCACAGUAACCUUGAUACUGUCUCAUAGUACUUCUUGUCAGGAAAAGACAUGGUACAGGUCUGACCUACAAUUAAGAGUCCUUUUCUGGUGUAAUCCAGUGGGCAUACAA